AUGAAGAAUCAUGAAAAACCAUUUGAUCCAAGUAAAUUAACACCAGAAUAUAUUGAAGAACAAAGAAGAAUACGAAAUGAAAGAAAAGAAAAAGAAAGAAAACGUAAAGAAGAAUUGGGAUUAAUACCACCACCUGAACCUGAAUCAUUUAUAAAAAGACCCUUUAUUAAAUUAAAUUUACCACUGGUGACUGAUAAAUUGGCUAUUACAAUCAUGAGUUAUAAUAUACUUGCACAAACAUUAAUACGAAGAGAAUUAUACUCUACUAAUGGUAAAAUAUUAAAAUGGCAUAUAAGGUCUAAAGUUUUAUUAGAUGAAAUUACUCAUUACAACCCGAGUAUUUUAACCUUACAAGAAUGUGAUAAAAUUCAGUACAACUCAUUUUGGAAACAACAUUUAACUAAAUUAGGUUAUGAAUGUAAAUAUUAUCAAUUUAAUACUAAAAAUCAUGGGCUAGUCAUAGCAUACAAGUCAAAUUUAUUCAAUUGUAAACAUCAAUCAUUUAUAAAAUUAGAUCAAGACUUUGAGGAACUUCCAGUUUCAAGAAUAUAUACUAAAAACGUUGCAUUUAUAACCUAUCUAGAAUUUACAAAUGAAAUUAGACAAAGUUAUCCAUAUCUUAAAAAUGGGUUAAUGAUUGGAACUACUCAUUUAUUUUGGCAUCCUUUUGGUACUUUUGAAAGAACAAGACAAAUGUAUAUGAUAUUACACAAGUUUAAAGAUUUUCAACAUACUUUAAGCACAUUGUAUAAAGCUUUUAGCUGUUAUCUGUUUUUAACUGGUGAUUUUAAUAGUGAACCCUUUGAUGCUCCAUAUUUAUCAAUAACUUCAAAACCAAUAACUUAUGAAAAUCAAAUGAAAAAUGUACUUGGAUGUAGUUUAACUUAUAAAUAUUCAAAAGAAAGAUCGAUGGAAGAUGAAGAUGAAGAAGAUGAAGCUUUUGAAAAUGAAAGAAAGAAUAAUCCAGAUGAUCCAGAACCUUCAAAUUUUCAUGCAAGUCCAGAACAAGAUCAGAUUAUGCAAAAACUACAAGAUGCUCAUAAUAGUUUAAAUCUUAGAGCUAUUUCAUUAUAUUCAGUUGGUUAUAAAUUUAUAGAUUCUAAAAAUUCAACAAAUCAUAAAAAUGAACCAGUAUUUUCAAAUUGGGUAGAUAAAUGGAAUGGAAUGUUGGAUUAUAUAUUCUUACUAGUACCUUGGAAUAACACAGACAAUACAACAGUUGA